CGUGUGGAGCUGCAGUAAAUCUGCUCGUCUCCAGGGUGUAGCUCAGACACUGCAGUGAAGGAGAAGGGCAGGGUUGCUGUUGCUGCUACCGCUGCUGUUGUGUAUUACAAUGUGUUGAUACAAGAUGGUUCAUCAAGAGAAGUGCAUUUACCAGGCCCAGAGAAAUGAGAGGGAGUCCAUCAGGCAGAAACUGGCUUUGGGCAGUUUCUAUGACGACGGGCCAGUCAUCUACACAGGCUUCAGCAAGACCUCUCUAUCCUCACGGCACCAGAAUGGGGUGAAUUUGCAGAUGUGUUUUGUGAAUGACAGUAGCAGUGAUAAGGACAGUGAUGCAGAGGACAGCAGAACAGAGACCAGCCUGGACACCCCACAGUCACCCGUGGUAAUGAGCCUAUAA